AUGAGUAAAGAGCAGAAGAAAGACGACAGCAAAAAGAAGAAACGAGUAGUUGUGAGUCCGCCAUGCCCUGCAUCUGUUUCCACGGGCUAUGUGAUUAUCCGUGGAGUCCUUCAGGGAUUGGUUGGAGCUAGUAUGGACGAAGCAGCUGUCAGUUUGAUGCAACCAACCUUUAUCAAGGAGAAAGCUCCGACUGGUAAAUUUUCCAUGAACCUGGGGAAGAAACUGGGAUCUUGUGAAUUGGAUCUCCCAGAGACAAGUGAAGGGAAAAAUGCGCUCUGGGAAGCAUUGGACGCUGCUCUAGUCAGAGUCAUUUCAGAGAACAAACCAAUAUCAUGUUUUUCUCUGCCGAAGGAUGAGGCCUUGAGCAAAUAUGGUUCCGGAAUUCUGAAUGGUGGUAUUUCAAAGAAGAUUCCUGACACAUUGACAUUGGCAUCAAUUGAUGGAAUCGUCCUUUGUGUCCCCCCAAGUGUCCCGUUCGCAACCACAGGUAGCAUCAAAAAGGUUUCCAUUGAUUUGAAGCAAUCUGGAAUCACCUGUGGCAAGAAAGCUCGCAAGGCAGAAGUUUCCAUUAAAUUCAAUGUCGACGAACAGGGUGAUGAGCAAAUGGUAUCAAGCUGCACUGACAGACCAGUAGAUGAUGCAGCAAUCCAAAGCCUAAGAGCGAAUAAGAUUGGCGUUCUGGAGGGAAAAUCCCUUGUGACUGCUGCCGAAGAGGAAAAACCACCUGUCAACGAGGGAACGAGAAGCACCGAACAAAAGGACGAAGAAAUGGUAGUGAAUGCUUGGGAAGUGAAGGGAAAGAUCGAUUAUAACAAGCUUGUGGAUCAGUUCGGAUCUACUCUCAUUGAUAAGAACCUCAUGACAAGAAUUGAAGCAGCAACUGUCGGCAAAGGCAACAUUGAUAAGAUUCACCGAUUUCUGAGACGUGGCAUUUUCUUCUCACAUCGUGAUAUGAAUGGAAUACUGGACAAUAUUGAAAAGGGGCAGCCGAUGUAUCUAUACACCGGUCGAGGCCCAUCCUCAUCGGCCAUGCAUCUGGGUCAUUUGGUCCCUUUCCUAUUUACAAAGUGGUUGCAGGAUGCUUUCAAGGUUCCACUUGUAAUCCAGAUGACUGAUGAUGAAAAGUUUUUGUUCAAAGGAGAAUUCACCGCCGAAAAUGGUGACAACUUGGACCACUAUGCUAGUUUGACACUAGAGAAUGCUCGUGAUAUUAUUGCCUGCGAGUUUGACUACGAGAAGACUUUCAUCUUCUCCGACUUGGACUACGUUGGACGAAUGUAUCCCAACAUUGUUCGAAUCUGGAAGGCUGUGACAACAAACACUGUGAACGGUAUCUUCGGAUUUGAUGGAAGUUCCAACAUUGGUAAAAUUGCUUUUCCCGCUAUUCAAGCGGCGCCGUCGUUUGCUUCCAGUUUCCCUGUUGUGUUGGGUGGUACACGCGAUUCUAGAGACUGUUGUUUGAUUCCAUGCGCCAUUGAUCAAGAUCCGUACUUCCGGAUGACGAGAGAUGUUGCCCACAAGAUGGUAUCCGGAGAUCACGGUCUUGGAGGGAAACCAUCGCUUAUCCACUCGAAAUUUUUUCCACCGCUCCAAGGUGCCACCGGGAAAAUGAGCAGUUCUGAUUCCAAUUCUGCCAUCUUCUUGACGGACACCCCAGAGGAGAUUGAGCGAAAAAUCAAGUCGUUUGCAUUUUCCGGUGGGCAAGAGACAAAGAAACUCCAAGAAGAACACGGUGCCAACUUGGAUCUUGACGUGAGUUAUCAGUGGUUGAGGUUUUUCUUGGAGGACGACGAGCUCUUGGAAAAGAUUGGAAAGGACUACGGCUCUGGUAGUGGGGAAUAUUGGAGCACCGGAAAGGUAAAAGCCAAGCUCAUCGAAGUUUUGAAGGAACUGGUUGCAGCUCACCAAGAGCGAAGAUCCAAGAUUACUGACGAAGAAGUUAAAAAAUGGAUGACGGAGCGUUGUAUUGCCAUCGCCAAGUAG